UUUUGUCAGAAAGAUCAAAAAGGGCUUGAGGUUUUUCUUCACAGCCUCAGCCUCGCCUCUCCCCCCUCACUGGCUUUAUCUGGCAGGUUCAGCGUGCAGGCAAGCCUCUCGCCCCGCAGGCAGGAAGAGAUGGCAGCCGGGGAGACACAGCUCUACGCCAAGGUCUCCAGCAAGCUCAAGGGCCGCAGCAACCCCUCGCUCCUGGACCCCCUCCUGGCCAUGGGCUUCCCCAUGCACUCCGCGCUGAAAGCAUUGGCAGCCACUGGAAGGAAGACGGUGGAGGAGGCCGCAGACUGGCUGCGUUGUCAUUGCAAUGACCCUUCCCUAGACGACCCCAUCCCCCAGGAGUAUGCCCUUUUCCUCUGUCCCACGGGGCCCCUGCUGGAAAAACUUCAAGAGUUCUGGAGAGAGAGCAAGCGUCAGUGUGCAAAGAACAGGGCACACGAGGUCUUCCCGCACGUGACACUCUGUGACUUCUUCACGUGUGAAGACCAGAAGGUGGAAAGUUUGUAUGAGGCUCUGAAGAGGGCUGGAGACAGGAUCCUGGGCUCCUUCCCUCCGGCUGUCCCUCUGGUUCUCCAUUCCUCCAUCAGCUACCUCGGCUUCUUCCUGAACGGCAGCCCUGCAGACAUCAUCCGGGAAUUUUCCAUGACCUUUGCCACAGAAGCAUCUGUCUUAGCAGACUGCACCGUGAAGCCUUGCACCAAGCAGCUGCAUCUGACCCUGGCCCACAAGUUCUACCCCCACCACCAGAGAACGCUGGAGCAGCUGGCCAGAGCCAUCCACCCUGGCCAGAGCUGCCAGUGGACUGCAGCACUCUACUCCCGAGACAUGCGCUUUGUGCACUACCAGACUCUGAGGGCACUGUUCCAGUACAAACCUCAGAACGUGGAUGAGCUGACGCUGAGGCCUGGAGACUACAUCUUUGUGGACCCCACACAGCAGGAGGAAGCCAGCGAGGGCUGGGUGUUUGGGACCUCACAGCGGACGGGCUGCCGGGGCUUCCUGCCGGAAAACUACACAGACCGAGCCAACGAGUCUGAUACCUGGAUUAAACACAGAACAUACACCUUCAGUCUAGCUACAGACCCGAACAUCAGAAAGGACAAUGAAGCCAGCAGCAGAUGUGAUGGAGAAUUUUGUCCCCCACCAACAUCAAGGAGUUUUAACAGCAUACAGGCUUUGCAGGCCACUGUUGCAAGGAAGAGCGUGUUGGUGGUGCGCCACGGGGAGAGAGUGGAUCAGGUCUUUGGGAAGUCGUGGCUGCAGCAAUGUUCCACUCCAGACGGAAAAUACUACAGGCCAGACCUGAACUUCCCAUGCAGUCUGCCCAGGAGGAGCAAUGGUAUCAAAGAUUUCGAAAAUGACCCGCCACUGUCAUCAUGUGGAAUCUUCCAGUCCAGAAUUGCAGGGGAUGCAUUUCUGGACAGUGGCAUCAGAAUCACCUCUGUCUUCACCUCUCCAGCCCUCCGCUGUGUGCAAACAGCCAAGCUCAUCCUGGAAGAACUCAAACUGGAGAAAAAAAUCAAGAUACAGGUGGAACCCGGGAUUUUUGAGUGGACAAAAUGGGAGACUGGCAAAACCACCCCGACCUUCAUGAACCUGGAAGAGCUGAAAGAGGCCAACUUCAAUGUUGACACUGACUAUAGGCCUGCAUUCCCCCUUGCCUCCCUUCUGCCGGCUGAGAGCUACACUGAAUAUGUCGACAGGUGUGCAGUGAGCGUGAGAUGGAUCAUCAGCACCUGCCCACAGGACACGGGCGUCAUCCUACUCGUGAGCCAUGGCUCCACGCUGGACUCCUGCACUCGGCCGCUCCUUGGGCUGCCACCCCGGGACUGCGCAGAUUUUGCCCAGCUAGUAAGAAAGAUCCCUUCUCUGGGUAUGUGCUUCUGUGAAGAAAAUAAAGAGGAGGGAAAAUGGGAGUUGGUGAACCCACCCGUGAAGACCCUGACUCAUGGGGCAAACUCAGCAUUCAACUGGAAGAAUUGCAUCCUGGGCCACUGA